AUGGCGGGGCUGGUGCUGGGCGCGGGGCCCGGCGCGCUGCUGCUGGCGGCGCUCUGGGCGCUGGCGCUGCUGCUCUGCUUGGCGCUCGCCCGCGCUCCCGGUGCCGCCAGGCUGGCCGCGCUGCCGGUGCCGCUGGGCGCCGCGCUGCUCAGCGCCGCGCUGCUCCUGUACCCGCGGGAGGAGGAGGAGGAGGAGGAAGGCGCGGGGCCGCCCCCCGGCACCGAGAUCGUGGACGCCUUCUUCAUCAGCCGCCUCAUCCUCCUGGCUGUGAUGGCCCUGGUCUUCCUCGGGUGCCUGUUCCUUCUGCUGCUUCACCACCUUGCGGAGCCGGUGUACGCCAAGCCGCUGCGCAGCAGCUGGAGGGUAGGACAGCAGCAGGUCCGGGUGGCAGCCAGCUGCGGGACGCAGCACUGAGCGGUCUUCUCAAUUUCCCUCUGCUUUCAGCCUAAACGGGGAAACGCAGAAGGUAAAGAGAACUGAACUCAGAGAUCCAGCCAGUUUCUGCCUGAACAAUGGAUUUGUGAGGCCUGGGGUGGUUUUGGUCAAUAUUUUUUAACUCCUUGUUGGCCUUUCAAUACUUUUCAAGAGAACUUAGGAUUUGGGGUUCUUUGCUUUGUUUUAUUUUGGUAGCAUGGAAGAGGAAAUCCAAUUUUCAUGGUAAUAAAAUAGGAGACUGGUGGGGAGUUAGUGAGUCAAUAUCCACAAGUUGUUUUGUUACUGUUCUUUUUUAAUGUUAAGACUAAUAAAACUUUCUGAAGAA